UAUGUACACAGUGACCUCACCACCAGAGUAGUGAGUACAGCUCUGGAGUCUGGCCACUAGAGGGAGCAUCUUCCUGUGAGUCUGCUGAGUGUGGAGGAAGUCGUUUGCUGGAUUGUUUGGUGUGUGUGCGCUCUGAGCUCUGCCGUGUCAUCUGUGCCGGACAGCGUUCUUCCUUCCCCAGAGGGAGAGCGUGUGUUCAGGCAUGAGUGAGGAGAGGAGAACCCCAACACCUGCCCCCCGAAUCAGGUCCGCGGGGGGCAGGGGGAGCCAGCGACCAGGUGUGGAGGGACCAGCGUCAGGAAGUGCAUCAGAGGUCUCCGGGUUGAGGCGCUCUGCCAGGAGGUGCAGCGAUGCAUCUCCAGCCACCCCUGAACCCGUAGAGACAAAGAGCAGCCGCAAGGCUGGCCCUGCAAGUUGUGGGACUACAAGUGCAAGAAGUUCCGGAAGCACAGGUACUGUGACAACAAGGCUUGACAAUGUGGACUGUGAUACUCCUCCUGGUGCAAAGCUAAAUGCCCACGGAUGUGUGGAGGAGGAUUGGGGGAUGCCUAGGGCCCGGGAGUCUGGAGUCCCCCAUAACUCUCGUGUGGCAGAACACAUCCGUGGAUAUGAGGAAGCAAGGGGCAGCUUGUAUAGGCUCCAGGAGGAGGUACGGGAAGCAAAAGCCCUGAUGGAAACUGCGGCGAAACGACAGAAAGCUGAGCUGUCAGCCCGGAUUAAACAGCUGAAAAAUGAAAUAAGGAUACUGGAGAAGAAGAGAACUUUUAUUUUAGAGAACAGCGGGCCAUUUAGGGAAAAACUUUUAAAUGAAGACCGCUUUCAUACAAUGGAGAGAGAGAAGCAGAGACGGCUGAGGGGGCUUCAGCCACGGGUGGAGGAGGAAGGGGACGCUGCGGAGGCCGAUAAUGUUGAGCCAAAUCCACCCGGGGGUCUGCAACAUCUGACCCCAUACAGUGGGCUCCCUGCAGGGCAAGUGGCGAUGUCAUCUGGCCGUGGCUCUGGCGGUUCGGGGGAUGAGAGCAGCACCAGUCACCAGGGAGGGGCGCUGAUGGCCCAGAUCCAGCUCCUAGAGUCCCCAGGUCGCCUCCAGGACUUCACGUUUGGGGAUGAGUUACCAGAGGAGGCACCUGGGGGAAGGAAAAAGAAGCUAAAGAAGACCAAGCUCCAGGAGCAGAGACCCCCCGGAUGGGCAGAGGCUAUUGGAAGCUGAAUUCGUCUCUCUUGGAAGAAGCGGAGAUAAGACAGUCCUUUGAGGAUUUUCUUCAGAGCCAGGUACCAUUGCUGGGCCUUUGUAGCAGUAAGUCAGAGUGGUGGGAGAUCUUCAAAAAAAGGGUUGCGAGAUUCUUCCGCCAGCUCUCAGGCCUCAGAAGCCUAAACAGGUACCGUUUGUACCAGGGCCUGAGGAAGAAACUUGAGCACCUUGUCUCGACUGGAGGUAGUCGUGAUGAUAUCUCCAGAGUGAAAUCCUUGCUGAUGAGGUGUCAGUACGAUAGGCACGCAUCUUUGGUUUUUGAGAGGGAUUACGGGAAGUACCGCUCGCCCGACCCUUACAGAAACUGCAAGAUGUCAGUGAAUAGUAAGGUAGUCUCAGGACUGAUUGAUAGUACGGGAUCCUUGAAAAGGUCCAGAUCAGGGAUCUUGGAGGUCGUCAGAUCCUUUUACUCGCACCUCUUGGGAAGGAAGGAUCUAGAUCGGGAUAAGGUGUCAGCUUUCUUGGCUGAAACCAUCCCUGAACUAGGAGUAGACCCCUCUCUUGACGUUUUGACAGAGAUGAUCCGGGAAGAGGAAGUCAGGAUGGCUAUUGAUGGGCUUGCCCUCAAGAAGUCACCCGGUCCAGAUGGCUUAACAUCUGAGUUCUAUAAGACCUUUAAGGACACUUUGGUUCCCCUGUUGACCGAGGUAUUUAAUGAGUGUCUAUCCUCGGGCACUCUGCCAAAGUCAAUGAGGAGGUCAGCGCUGAUCAUCCUGUCAAAGGGUAAAGACCCGUUCCACAUUGAGAAUUGGCGUCCCAUAGCGCUUCUCAAUGUGGACCGAAAGAUUCUGGCAAAAGUGCUGUUUAACCGGCUGGUGGAGUUUGCACCCCGGCUCCUUUCGGGGGCUCAGCAUUGCUCUGUUCCGGGCCACAGUACAUUUAGUGCUGUGCUCAGUGUCCGAGAGGCUGUGGAGCAGGGUAGGGCUGGCCACUGGAAGGGGUACUUGCUGUCCUUGGAUCAGGCAAAAGCGUUUGAUCGGGUUAACCAUGAGUACCUCUGGUCUGUUCUUCUGAGAUAUGGCCUGCCGGGGGGGUUUGUUGAUUGGCUUAAGACCUUGUACGCAGGGGCAGAGAGUUUCCCGCUUGUGAAUGGUUGGAUUGGCCGCUCUUUUGAGGUUGGGUCUGGUGUCCGUCAGGGUUGUCCUUUGAGCCCGUUGCUGUACGUGUUUGCAAUUGAUCCUUUCCUUAGGAGGAUUGAUUGUGGACCGUUGGCGGGGGUGAGAAUGGACCUGGCGGUGCCGGAUUUGGCUCUGAGGGCGGUAGCGUAUGCUGAUGAUGUCACCGUGUUUGUCUCCUCACAAGAGGAAGGCCAAUGGGUGAUGUCAGAGGUGGACCGCUACUCGGAGGCAUCCGGGUCCAAGAUCAACCGGGAUAAGUGCGAGAGUCUCUGGCUGGGAGGGGGAGAUCCUAAUUUUGAUCUCCCGGACGCCCUUCCAGAGCCCCAGGAAUCUGCAAAAGUUCUCGGCAUCGAAUUUGGCCAAGGGGAUUACCCCAAACAAAACUGGGACAGCAGGCUUAAGAUCGCCGCUCAGAAGGUGGAUCAGUGGAAGGGUUGGUCUUUGACCCUCCGGGAAAGGGUUAACCUGAUCAAAACAUUCCUGCUCCCUUUACUGAUAUACCUGGGCAGUGUAUGCAUGUUGCCAGA